AUGAAAAAGGUUCAGGUGUUCCUGAUAGUCUUCAUACCCCUAGCUUUUUGUGGCGCUCAUGGCUCCGUGAACACCUGGGGAGGUUCACUACAGUACGACGAGGAUUGGGGAUAUGUGGAUGCUCGAAACACCGUAGCUCAUGUAUUUUGGUGGUUGUAUCAGGUGAAGCCACUUGAUGUUAGCCGGCCAUUGUUUAUUAUGUUACAAGGUGGACCGGGGGCUUCUGCGAGUGGAUUUGGGAAUUUUAUGGAGACUGGGCCGAAGGGUUUGAAUGGCUCGGAUAAUUUGGGAACUUGGCUACAGAUAGCUGACUUAGUCUAUAUCGAUGCACCAGCUGGCAGUGGUUUCUCAUACGUCGAAAACCACAACUACGCGCAGAAUUCCAGCCAAGUUGCUGAAGAGUUACUCUCCUGGCUUCACGGAUUCCUGGCCCAUCACUCAGAAUACCGAACCCGCCCGGUCUUCUUGGUAUCUGAGGGCUACGCCGGCAAGUUUGCUGUGGAGUUCGCGCAGGUUCUACGCGAGGCGUCUCUGAUAAACCUUAGAGGUCUGAUAAUGGGUGCACCAUGGAUUUCACCGGGCGAUUUUCUGGCGAGCUGGGGCACCUAUCUGCAUGUUAAUGUGAGUUAUGACGUGGCAAAAAGAGAAAAUAAACCUAGCUUUUUUCCAGUCACUCAUUGAUGAUCAAAAAUUGACUUCUCUCAACUCCCAAGCUGAACUCUGUCAAAUUUAUUUAAAUAGGCAAGAUUACGCUGGCGCUGAGAAUUGCUAUGUGCGAAUUCAGAAUAUGGUGCAAGAGUACACUGGAGGUGUAUCAUGGUUUAAUAUUUUGAAAGCUGAGGGAUCUGACACGUGGAAUACACUUUGGGAAAGUCAAAGUGGUGAAACAAAGGAUGACUUGAGCGAAUAUAUGAAUUCAGUGGUUCGCGGAAAGUUGGGAGUUAUCCCAAGUACAGUGGAAUUCGAAACUUGCUCGAAUCAUGUGCUAAGUGCGAUGUUUUUCGAUUUAAUGGUGCCGAUUUACAAAGAAGUUGAUGAUUUGUUGAAAGCCGGUGUAAAUCUUGUGAUUUAUACAGGGAAUGAGGAUUUGUAUAGUAAUGGAUUAGGUGAGACCGAGGGGGCCUAAGCCCGGCCGGGGCUAUGGCCGGGCCUACGCCCAAGCUUAGUCCAUGCCGAUUCUAAGCCCUUAUUCCAGGCACAUCUACAUGGAUAAAUCGCCUAACCUGGGAUGGUAUGAAUUUAUUCAACUCAUCAACUCGUUAUCCUCUAAAAUUAACACAAUUUCCACUUGCUGGAUAUAAAAAAGGAUUUGAGAAUUUGCAAGUUUGGUCGAUUAUUGGAGCUGGUCAAAUGUUGGCUCAUGAUGCACCACAACAAGCUAUUGCUAUGCUACAAAAUGUUGUUAGGAGUUAUUUAAAAUAA